AUGCCUCUGUUGACACCUUUCCGGUGCAGAUGUAAGCUGGGACGAAAGGAAGCAGUAGAAGGUUCUUCACAGCUCCCCCAACAAAACUAUGAGGCCCUGCGUGAAAGGUGCCUAAGGGAAGGCUCCCUCUUCGAGGACAGCAGCUUCCCAGCCACCCGGUCCUCCAUUGGCAGUGGGCCCCUGCUCAAGAAACUGCCACCACAUCUGCAGUGGAAGAGACCCACAGAGCUGCACAGCAACCCCCAGUUCUAUUCUACCCAGGCCAAAAGGCUGGAUCUGUGCCAGGGAGUGGUAGGAGACUGCUGGUUCUUGGCUGCUUUGCAAGCUCUGACCUUACACCAGGACAUUCUGAAACGGGUCGUUCCCCUGAAUCAGAGUUUCACUGAGAAGUAUGCUGGCAUCUUCCAGUUUUGGUUCUGGCAUUUUGGGAAAUGGGUUCCAGUGGUGGUAGACGAUCGCCUGCCUGUGAAUGAGGCUGGCCAACUGGUCUUUGUCUCCUCUACCUACAAGAACUUGUUCUGGGGAGCUCUUCUGGAAAAGGCCUAUGCCAAGCUUUCUGGUUCCUAUGAAGACUUGCAGAUUGGACAGGUAUCUGAUGCCCUUGUGGACUUCACUGGAGGGGUGACAAUGACCAUUAACCUGGAAGAAGCCCCUAGCAAUCUCUGGGAUCUCCUUGCCCAAGCCACCUACAGAAGAACCCUCAUUGGCUGCCAAACCCAUCCUCAGCAAAGAGUGCUGGAGAAUGGACUAGUGAAUGGGCAUGCCUAUACUCUCACAGGAAUCUGGAAGGUCACUUGCAAAUAUGGACCUGAAUAUCUGGUUAGACUCCGGAACCCCUGGGGCAAGGUAGAAUGGAAAGGAGACUGGAGUGACAGUUCAAGUACAUGGGAGUUGCUGAGUCCUAAGGAGAAGAUUCUGCUCCUGAGGAUAGAAAAUGACGGGGAAUUCUGGAUGACACUGCAGGACUUUAAAACACAUUUUGUGCUCCUGGUCAUCUGUGAACUGACCCCAGGCUUGCUGAGCCACGAGGUGGGCCAGAAGUGGACAUAUACUGUGCAGGAGGGCCGAUGGGAGAAGGGGUACACUGCAGGUGGCAGACUGCAGUCACCUCGAGACAUUUUUUGGAAGAACCCUCAGUUCCUGCUGUCAGUCUGGAGGCCUGAGCAGGGCCAGAGGUCCCUGAAGCCCUGCAGUGUGCUGGUGUCUUUGCUCCAGAAGCCCAGGCACAGGCACCGCAACCGGAAGCCCCACCUCUCCAUUGGCUUCUAUCUCUUCAGGAUGGAUAAUUACCGUGAUGGCCAGAGGAGACUGCCUUCUGAGUUCUUCUGGAGAAAUGUUCCCCUGAGUAAGCCUGAAGAAUUUCUCAGAGAGAAAGAAGUGAGUAAGAAGCUGUGGUUGGCACCAGGGACAUACCUCAUCAUACCCUGCACGUCUGAGGCCCACCAGGAAUCGGAGUUCAUCCUCAGAGUCUUCUCUAGGAAGCACAUCUUUCAUGAAAUUGGCAGUCAUUCCGGUGUUGUCUUCUCUAAGGAGAUAGUAGACCAAAACGAAGAGCAGAACGAAUUUGUCACCAAACUCUUUGAAAAGUAUCCAGAAAUAAAUGCAGUUCAAUUGCAGAACAUCCUGAACCACGUGACCUUGUCAGGUCUUGGGAAUACACAGCCUCUCUUCAGCCUCGAAGCCUGCCAGGGGAUCCUGGCCCUACUGGAUCUGAAUGCAUCAGGUACUGUGAGCAUUCAGGAAUUCAGGGACCUAUGGAAGCAGCUGAUGCUCUAUAAGGAGGUUUUCCACAAGCAAGAUACUAACCGCUCAGGAUAUCUGAACUGGUUGCAGCUGCAAGCUGCCAUGAUGGAGGCAGGAAUCGUGCUCAGUGACAACGUCUGCAAGCUGAUGGUCAUCCGCUAUGGUGGCCCCAACCUCCAGAUAAACUUCGUCAGCUUUGUCCUCUUGAUGCUGCGUGCAGAGAACAUGGAGGAUGCCUUCCAAAACUUAACCCAAGAUGGCAAAGGGAUAUAUCUCCAGAAGUCAGAGUGGAUGAUGAUGACAUUGUAUACUUGA